AUGAGACACAGCACUAUCUCUAUCGGAUUCUUUCUACUAUCGAUCUUAUCAACCGUUGCGGCAAUGUUUUCUCCCAUCAGGCUUAACCCAUAUCGUCGGGCUAGUUCUUAUUCGUUUUUCAAGGGGCAGACCGCAGAAGAGGGAACCAGCCACAUCAAUCCAAUCAUUAAAGAAAAACCAAAAGUGAAAAAUAGCGUCCCGAAGCACCCCAAAAACAAGACCAAGAGUCGCCCGCAUGUCGAAAUAGUCCAAUUAGUGGAGUGCAGACAUAGCAAGUCUUCAAAGAAGAAGGGGAAAGGGGAAGCACCAAUUAAAUACAUUAAAUAG